AUGUCUAUUAUCAGUUUAAAUUUACCCCCUGUUCUCCAGUCACUUUCCUGCACCAAUCUGUUUAGUGCAGAUGGUGGACUUAAUCGAUAUCGCACGCACAAGACGGCAAGCGAUAUACCACGUGCCGCAAUCGAUGUCGUCUUCUCCUAUCAUCCUCCUCCACCGACCAUGGCGACGACCCAUACCUGCAUGCCAGUCUUUGUCGCCCUCAUUCCAACCCAAUCCACGCAGAUACCCAAUCUGAGACUACCAUCCUCGUCCCUGCCGUUGUCGGCUUGUGAGAGCCCCUCUGGGGAUUCGUCGGAGGCUGGGCGAAACCGUUUUGGCACUCUGAAGUCCUUUAUGAAUUCUGGUUCAGCCAGCGGCAGCAGUCCUACAACGACGAGCGUAGUAGCGGCGGCGGGGUCCGCGGCCGCCGGGGCAGACGCUCUGAGCACACAUAUCAUCUACAGUCUCGUCACAGUGGAGUCCUGCGGCUUCGUUCGUCAACACACCGUCUAUCCGACCGUCGGGACGGAGCAGGGGGUGCUCACGGAGACCAACUGGUCAAUCGUCUGCGGACGGCAGCCUCAGUGCAGCAGACGAAGCAAACCAGUUCCUCCUGUCCUCCACGCCCUACACUGA